GUACCGACGUUGGAACCUGUACCAUUGCCACAACCCUCACCUAAUCUAGGCUUACGACCUAUACAACUUCUUGAGAUUAAAGCUCGAGGUCGUUUCGGAGCAGUUUGGAAAGCCCAGUUCAAAAAUGAGAUCGUGGCAGUAAAAGUUUUUCCCAUUCAGGAUAAGCAAUCUUGGCAGACUGAACAAGAGAUCUUUAAGCUUGCACAUAUGGAUCACGAGGACAUAUUACACUUUAUAGGCGUUGAAAAGCGUGGAGAUAAUUUACAAGCUGAAUUUUGGUUAAUCACGGCGUAUCACGAAAAAGGUUCACUGUGCGAUUACCUAAAGGCAAAUAUUGUAACAUGGCCUGAGAUGUGUAGAAUUGCCGAAUCUAUGGCAAG